AUGGGACUUAGUCGCGGUCGUCCGAAGCGGUGGUCUCUAAAUGAUACCUAUGGCUUCAUCGCAACAUUCUUCGAUGCUCAGACGCGGACAUAUGCGCAUCAAGCGGUUGUAAGGUGCACGGCAGCGCAACGACCUUCUGGCUCGGUACCGGCACCACAAAGUACGAAUGUUACUUCGUCCCGCGUCGAAUCACGAGUUCAAAAGACCGCGCCUCAUGGCAACGUCCAGCGUAGCUUUCAUACGUAUUUUGUCACGCACCUCCCGUCCUCCUCGCUACAUCCGGACUCUCGCGCCCCAGCUGGUCCUCACCACAAGCUACCUCGAUCUGCCGCCGCGCCUCACACGGCAGUUUCCGGUGCAGCCCCCGUGUCUCCGCCUCACUUGCCAUCCAACCGCGACUUGACCGUCGUGCGCAUUCCCCUGCGCAGCGCUAAGCACCACUUCGGAGUUGCAGAUUCAAGAGGAUCCAGGCCAUACAAUGAAGACACGAAUCAGGCUGGCACCAUCGACAUCCCCGCGUUCGCAAAGCGGGCCCCUAUUAGCCUCGUCCGCAGCACCAUGAACAAGAUGGGAGAAGGAACUUCAGCCGACAGCCCCUACGGAGAUCCCCAAAUCUUCUACUUUGGCGUUUUUGACGGUCACGGAGGCACCCAGUGCAGUGAUUUCCUACGGGAUGAGCUCCACGGAUAUAUCGAGGAGGCAGCCGAAGAGUUCGAGCUGAAAAGCAGCCUUCGGGCGGUGCGGAAGGGUCAUAGGUCAGAUUCAGAAUCUCUCAGCGCGCCAACUCCAAUCUUAUCAGACAGCGAAGCUGGCGGACAGAAGAGACUCGACCGGCUGGAUAUCAAGGGUUCAGAGGCCGUAUCGGCUAAGGCAGACAUACCAGAAAUAGACAAGCGCGGCGCGAUUCGUGAAGUCGAAAACUCGGACGCCAUAGAGGGUGUUCAGCCCGUGCCAGCUAGAGCAUCGGGAUCAAAGGCCCUGCAACUACAAAGCGAGCUGGUAAAGGAAUAUAAGAAUACGGUUGGCGGGUAUUUCCGGCGCUUCCACCCCCCUUACUUUCAACUAAAACGGGAUCCUGAUUCCCCCGAACCACCUGUUAGCGUCGAGUCUGUUCUCACGUACGCGUUUCUCCGUGCAGAUCUCGACUUCAUCGCCGCUCAAGCCCGCAAGCCCGACCCUGACGAUCCCUACGUGGCCGAUACGGCUCUAAAUUUUGACGAGGUGCUAGGAAAGCCGCACCAUCUGCCACCUUCAGGCCAGGGCAUCGGCGGCCGUACAAGAUUUAAAGGGGGCUCGACAGCUUCGGUCGCUCUCAUCUCUACACCAACGCCUGCUCCGUUCUGGCACCCGGCUGCGAGUUCCACCCUAUUAGUCGGGCACGUGGGUGAUACGCGCAUCCUGCUAUGCGAGACUGCUACCGGGUUAUCUCGUCCUUUAACUUCAGAUCAUCACCCAAGCUCUCCAAGCGAGUCGCACCGGCUGCGACGGUUUGCGGCAUCAUUCGUGACGGAUUCAUUCGGCGAAGAGCGGAUUCAGGGACUUGCCAACUCUCGGGCAUUUGGUGACAUGGCAUCCAAGCGUCUAGGCGUCUCGGCCGAGCCGGAGAUCACGCGAACGGAGCUGGGGCCGGCUCAGUACAGCUUCAUCGUUCUCAUGUCCGACGGCGUGUCGGGAACGUUGAGCGAUCAAGAGAUCGUGGACGUAGUAAAGGAAGCGAAGACGCCGGAGCAGGGUGCUAGGGACGUUGUGGCGUAUGCCACCGAAGCCAGCAGCGACGGCGAUAACGCAACAUGCCUCGUGGUUAGGCUCGGUGGAUGGGAGCGUAGAAGCGAGGGGGGUUUGGGAAGCCUAGGCACUAAGGAGAUCCGGGACUUUAGACGUAACGAGGCCAUGGAUCCGCGGCGGGGAAUAAGGUAG